AUGUUCGGCAACUUCAAGUUCCACCAGUACCAGAUCGUGGGCCGCCACGUGCCCACCGAGAAGGAGCCCAACCCCACCAUUUACCGCAUGAAGGUGUGGGCGACGGACGCGGUGCGCGCGCGGUCCAAGUUCUGGUACUACCUCUCGAAGCUCUGCCGGGUGAAGAAGUCCAACGGCCAGGUCAUCGCGUGCAACGAGAUCUUCGAGAAGAACCCGACGGAGAUCAAGAACUACGGCAUCUGGGUGCGCUACGAGUCGCGCACGGGGACGCACAACAUGUACAAGGAGUUCCGCAACACUACGCUCAACGGCGCGGUCGAGCAGCUCUACAUGGAGAUGGCCUCGCGGCACCGCGUGCGCGCGUCCGCGCUGCACAUCAUCCGGACGGCGGUGGUGCCCGCGCGCUGCAAGCACGCGCCGCACAUCAAGCAGAUUCUGGAGAACGACAGCUUCCCCGUGACGCGCAAGGUGACGCGGCCGUCGAGCAAGGUCCACAAGACCGUCUUCAAGACGAACCGGCCGAACGUCGCGCUGUACUAG